AUGGACAGCAACAAAGAGGCAACCGAGAAGCUUAUGGAGAGUGACAAAGAACCACCAAAAAAAGAGGGAGCUAGCAACAAGGACAUAACAAGCAAAAAUGUCCCAGAGAAGCUCACAGAAAAGAACAAUCAACCACAAAAUUUGAAGAACGAGAAGCAGAUCAUGGAAGAACCAACUCCAAGACAGCAGCAAGUGGAGAAGAGCUUUACACCUCCACUACCUUAUCCCCAAAGAUUCCACAAAGAAACAAAAGAUCAACACUUCCAUAAGUUCCUUGAGACUUUCAAGAAGCUAGAGAUUAACAUUCCCUUGGCCGAGGCAUUGGAGCAAAUGCCUCUAUAUGCCAAGUUCUUGAAGGAGCUUAUCAACAAGAAAAAAAGUUGGGAUGAGAAAGAGACCAUAUUGCUUACUGAGGAAUGCAGGGCUUUGAUUCAAAAAGGGCUUCCCCCUAAGCUUGCAGACCCAGGAAGUUUCUUUCUGCCCUACACCAUUGGGAGAUUGACCAUCAACAAGGCAAUGUGCGAUCUAGGAGCAAGUAUCAACCUAAUACCCUUUUCUUUGGUGAAAAAGCUGUGUAUAGAGGAAGUUAAGCCUAUACAAAUGUCUCUGGAACUGGUAGAUAAGUCAGUGGUAUACCCCAGGGGUGUGAUUGAAGACCUUCAAGUCAAGGUGGACAAAUUCAUAUACCCUGCAGACUUUGUGGUUUUAGAUUCAGAUGAGGAUGAAGGUGAUUCUAACAUACUUGGGAGACCUUCUCUUGGCCACUGCCAGGGCCAUUAUAGAUGUGGAACAAGGAAAGCUAACCCUUGGAAUGCAUGA